AUGGAGACUCAAACAGACGUGUAUCAUCAUCAUCCCUUCCCGCCCCCAGCCCAUCAUCCUCCAGAGCAGUACGACCAAGCUUCUUCCCAGGUGGAAUAUCAGUAUUCUCAGCACCAGCAACCGCAGUCACCUAUCCAGAAGCAACCACCUGCUCGGUCGAAACCUCGAACCUUUAGCUUCCAUUCCGAUCGGUCUCGGAAGAGCUCGCAGAAAAGCUCUCACAGGGAAUCUUAUCAAGAGACUUCGGCUCAGAAGGAAUCAAAGCGCCUACAUUCAAAAGCAGACCCAAGUGUGGCCAUUAGCGAGGCAGAGCCUGCUGAGGUCGCCGCUGAGAUGACCCAAUCCGCUCUCGCCCCUCUUCGAUCUAUCACCCACAAGGACGCAAAUGGCAAUCCUAUCGCUGAUCCUGACAAGUCCAACCCGACGCGCAAUCGCUGGGAACGGCCGCUAGACACCAUUCGCAGCUUCGAAGCCGCAAUUGAUGGGGGGUACUCGAGGAAGUCGAUGAUGUUCCGAGCAGAGACGGAUUCGGGAGCUACGUGGAGUCGUCGAAAUAGCUACCAUCCAUCCGGGCAACCACGUUUCCGGCCGAAUAGCUACUACGGGAACCGCCCUCAGUCGCAACGACCCGAGUACUCCCAAUAUGACACCGGAAACACCAAUACCGCGAGAAACAGUUUCUACGACCAUCACGCCUACAACGCCGGUUUCAAUGGGUACGGCAUGGCUCAGCCUCAGAAUUACAGCCAAGGCCCGAGCAGGCAACGGCCACCGAGAACGGCCCCCGAACCCGGAUACAGGCAAAACGGACCACCUCAAAAUGUCUAUCAUCUGGCGCACAAGGAUCGCUCUUACGAGACGGUGACCUCCGCUGCGGGUAGUGGAAAUUCGGAACCUGUUGGCUAUCAAACCGACCCAACCAGCAGCGACAACAGUUCUAUCGAGAGGAAUUUGCCAGCCAAACGCACCGAGCCCAUGAACGACUAUGGCAUUGGCUUCAGCCAGUCUCAGACAUCUCAAGAUUCCAGUCUAGCUGCUGGGUUGAGAGGGGUCCCACAACAACAGCCCGAACAGCAAGCGCCGAGAAACAAUGGCACCUCUAUUCCUCGAAAAGAAAUUAAUGUCAUUCCCAGAAAGCAACCGGCAGUACAACAACAGCCCGCUCCUCAAGAAAAGAGGAAGAGCUGGUUCACACGACGAUUCAGCAAAAAUUCCUAA